AUGCAGCCACCGCAAACUUGCCUAAUCUCGCUACAAUCAGCCAUCUCAUCACAUCACUCCUCUCAUCACUCUCUCCUCUCAUCACUCUCUCCUCUCAUCACUCUCUCCUCUCAUCACUCUCUCCUCUCAUCACUCUCUCCUCUCAUCACUCUCUCCUCUCAUCACUCUCUCCUCUCAUCACUCUCUCCUCUCAUCACUCUCUCCUCUCAUCACUCUCUCCUCUCAUCACUCUCUCCUCUCAUCACUCUCUCCUCUCAUCACACUCUCCUCUCAUCACUCUCUCCUCUCAACACUCUCUCCUCUCAUCACUCUCUCCUCUCAUCACUCUCUCCUCUCAUCACACUCUCCUCACUCUCUCAACACUCUCUCCUCUCAACACUCUCUCCUCUCAACACUCUCUCCUCUCAACACUCUCUCCUCUCAACACUCUCUCCUCUCAACACUCUCUCCUCUCAACACUCUCUCCUCUCAACACUCUCUCCUCUCAACACUCUCUCCUCUCAACACUCUCUCCUCUCAACACUCUCUCCUCUCAUCACUCUCUCCUCUCAACACUCUCUCCUCUCAUCACUCUCUCCUCUCAUCACUCUCUCCUCUCAUCACUCUCUCCUCUCAUCACACUCUCCUCUCAUCACUCUCUCCUCUCAACACUCUCUCCUCUCAUCACUCUCUCCUCUCAUCACUCUCUCCUCUCAUCACACUCUCCUCUCAACACUCUCUCCUCUCAACACUCUCUCCUCUCAACACUCUCUCCUCUCAACACUCUCUCCUCUCAACACUCUCUCCUCUCAACACUCUCUCCUCUCAACACUCUCUCCUCUCAACACUCUCUCCUCUCAACACUCUCUCCUCUCAUCACUCUCUCCUCUCAACACUCUCUCCUCUCAUCACCCGCUCCGCACAGAUCCCUCGCCAUCCCUCUCCACUCCCAUUCAUCCCUCUCUCCUCCCGCCCUCUCUCGUCCCGCCCUCUCUCCUCCCCUCUCCCCCACUUUGUCCCUCCACCCCCCCCCACCAGACCAUCAUCAGCAGCAUCGUGUUCCCCAUUGCUAUGGACAGUGACGUCACCGUGACUCUAAUCUUCUUCCCGCCUCUGGACGACCCCACCUGGGUGAACGAGCCGGCCCGGUCCCAGAAGACGAGGAUCCGCAAUCUCUUUGACUCGCACAAGCUCUCGCUGGGCUCUGCCAUAGGCCCGUACACGAUCAAAGGCUUCUAUGGCCCGGAUGACCCGCCUGCCAACGUCACAUCACCGGCACCACCAGCGUCAGAUGGGAUUUCAAUUGCAGUGGUGGUUGGUAUAGUGGCAGCAGGAGUGGCGAUUCUUGCCCUGCUGCUCGUGGGGCUUACCUGGCUGCUGCUGCGCCGUCAGAAGAAGCGAGACUGGUGGGGGAAGGAGGACUAUGAGGCGAUAGAGGGCCUAAAUUUGGUGGGCGUGGAGCGAUUUAAACUGGCACAGCUGGCAGACGCGACCCAGGGGUUCAAAACGCUGCUGGGGGAGGGCGGAUAUGGCCAGGUGUACCACGGACAGUUGCCUUCGGGGGAGAAGGUGGCAGUAAAACGGGCCAAGCCAGGCGUGCAGGUGAACGGCAAGGAGUUUCGCAACGAGAUAGAGCUGCUGUCGGCAGUGCGGCACCGUAACCUCGUGCUGCUGAAGGGCUUCUGUGUGGAGGCAGGGGAGCAGCUGCUGGUGUAUGAAUUCAUUGAAAAAGGCACUUUGGAAGACAUUCUAAGAGGAAAAUCGGGCAUCCACCUGACAUGGCAGCAGCGGCUGGACAUGGCAUGUGGAGCAGCCAGGGGUUUCGCGUACCUGCACCAUCAGAUCAAGCCGCCCAUCAUUCACAGAGACGUGAAGACGGCCAACAUCCUGAUCACAGCAGCAGGGGAGGCCAAGGUGGCAGACUUCGGGAUUUCCAAGGCAGUGAUGGAAGGGGAGCAGAUGGACACACAGGUCAAGGGGACAGUGGGCUACCUGGACCCCGAGUACUACAUGUCAGAUCUGCUGACCGAGAAGAGUGACGUGUUCAGCUUCGGCAUCGUGCUGCUGGAGAUAGCCACGGGUCUCCGGCCAAUCAGCGACAACCAGCACAUCCGUCAGCUGGUGAUCAAGCGCGUCAUGGCAGGCGGCAGAGGCGCCACCAGUGUCAUUGACCCUGCUCUGCUGAGGCAAUCCCAAGGGGCCAACUUUGGCGGUAUUCCCGAGGAGGUGGAGGUGACGUUUGAGUGGUUUCUGAAGCUGGGCAUGCGGUGCAGCGCCAGGCUGUCGCAGGACCGCCCCACCAUGCAACACGUGGCCGCUGAGCUGGACGCCAUGCGGGCGAGAGUUAUCCAGAUUGUGAGGCUCCGAGGAGGAACCAAUGGUGCCAGUACUGGCGUUAUUACCACUGGUGCUUCAAGCACUGCUUUCAGCACGGGGACCAGUGUGGUUAGUGAGGAGCAAUUUUGGGAGGACAUGGCAAACGAAGGGGCUCUGGUGCCGGGGUUCGAUAACGACGAUGAGAAGGAGAUGGAGUAUGGGCAGGAGAUUUAUGACAAUAUGACGCGAGAGAAGGGUGAGGGGCAGGGAAGGCAGGGAACCAGAGGGGUUUCUGGGAGUGUGAGCACUGGAGGGUACACGAGCAGCAGCAGUGAGGGUGUGUGGCGGGCGGGGGGGUCGACGACGGGUUGGACAAGUGACAGUGCCCCGAGCAGGGAAAUAUGA